GGGUUUCGUGUUCGGUGGAGGAUCGUCUCCGCCAGGGAGUGUAAAGAGAGAGAGAGAGAGAGAGAGAGAGGAUCAUCGCAGAUUGUCAUUCAUCGAUCAGCUGAUUCUCCACGAGCGGUGCUUUGACCUGCGAUCGUCAACAAUCGUCGUUGGACGGAUCGACGUCGUCCCUCAACAACCCCCUCGUUACGUGGACCACUGCGGAACGGAAGUGGCUGAACAACCCUUGGGGACAACGCGAUUCAAGGUGGAAACAGAAGGGGAAGUCCAGAACGGCAGGGGAGCGUGAUUGAAUAACCGUGGAAACUUAAACAGAAAUUCUGGGUCAAGAUUCAGUAGAGUGUUAGCGGUUAGAACGAUGUGAGAGGAAUAUAUGGGUGAACGCCAAACGAGCAAGGAAGGCUGGACGAAAUCACGAACACGUGGCGAGACGUGAAGCGGGCGUUGAGCCUGCUAUGUGUAAAAAAAUUCUCCGGCAGCGGCACGAUGCUGGAAGCACCGCCCGGAAGUCGCGAGGACCUCGUGGAGGCGGCAAGAACACCGUGCACACCUACAGAUCUGGACACGAUGUUAUAUGGAUACACGAACAACAUAUAUGUGCUGGACCACACUCCUGAAUCGCUGCCGGACAUGGACAUGUUGCAAUUGUUCGCCUCGCCGGCGGGUCGAGCGUUACUUACCAGUGACAAUCGGCGGAGAGGAUCGACGUCGACCUCCUCCUUGUCUCGAGAGUCCUCUUCGAGGCUGAAGAGAGGUAGAAGACUAUCGGGUACAGUGAGCGCGCCCGCGACACCUCCAAGGCAACGGAAAUCGAGCGCGGAGCUGUACAAAGAAGCCGCCGAGAUCCUCGGUCUUACCUGUUCGUUGACCGAUAGCUGUCGAUGCAUCGAUUGCCAGAGUAAUUAUUUCGACUGCGAUGACGAUUUCGGCGACGCGAGGACGGAAUUGGCUGCGGGGACACCUAUUCUACUGGACCAUGCUUUGACACAUCCAUUGACGUGUUCCAUACAGUAGCAGGCGAAUAUCUCGUUUCGAGCACGAUUGGGUGUCACUCCUGCACCGCCACCUGAUGAACCGGAAGUCAUCGAGGUGUCGAGGAACCUUGAAUCCAGGACGAAGUGUGGGAUAUUCGAGGCGUGCACUUUGAUCUCCGUAUAAACUCCGUAACUCCGUAAAGAAGAAGAUCGUGUGUGAAUCGAGACAACAAUUCACCGGUUCAUUUUACCGAAUAUCAUUUCACGGAUAUAUGGAACUCGAACAAAUCGAAACAAUCGAAAUUUUUUCGCUGCACCGAAAAUCUGCACAAAGGUCUUGAUAUAUUUCUCCUUCUCAAACGAUUCUUCAACGCGCUUCUCAAACGCGAACCCUUCUUCCAAAGUUUUUGUAAUUGCGUUCGUUAAAGUUUGUUAAAGUUUGUUAAAGGAUGAUUGAUACGACGGGGCGAUAUGUGAAUAAGAAUCGAUGAAAUCGAUAACAUUGUGUCGAAAAAGCGUGUAAAAUUUUGUAUUGAUUUCAAUGGUAAAAUCAUUUGAGUGAGAAUUUCGUUUGCCAAUAAUAUUAUAACGUAAACGCGAACUUUCUAUUUUUGGAAUAGGAAUGAAUGGUAAAGAAUUCGUUCGUUCGUACAAUUCAUCGUUCUCUCCUCGAUGGAUCACCGGUUAACAUUAACGAUAAUUAAACGAAAGAAUAAAAUAUAUAAUUUGUGGACAAUACAUUGUAACGGAAUAAGUCACUGCUCCGAUUGUUUCUUCUCUUUUUGUAUGAAACGAAAAAAAAAAAAAAAACGCAAGCUUACGUACCUAGGAAUAUUUAUGUACAAAAUGCUCCCUGUAUGUACAACAAUCUGCCGGUAAUCGCACUGGUUACGAAAUUAAUUAAAAUUAUCGAGAUAACGAAAUAAAAAAAAAAAGGGAAAAAAAGGAAGAUUAAAACAGAAAAAAAAGCUCAUCGUUUCACGUUUUCAUUAUUAA